AUGGAGCCCCAAGCGACGCCGCCGAAAGCAGGAUUUUCUAAAGAUGUGAAUUGCGAUAGAAUCUCGGAAAUGCCAAAAACUCGUGAUCAAUUAGUCAAUGAUUCGUUUGUUGUUGAUUGGAAUGGUUGUGAUGACCCAAAUGACCCAUUCAACUGGCCGCUGCUGAAGAAAAUCGCUUUCACCGUGAUCGGUAGCUGCAUAGUCUUCGCGGUCACAUUUGCGUCCAGUGAUUUUGGACCCGCUGGACCCGUUGUCGCCAGCGAAUAUGGUGUCUCAGUAGAAGUGACAAACCUGAGCGUUGCUUUGUUUGUUGCAGGCUUUGCUGCAGGGCCUCUUCUGUUCGCCCCCCUAUCGCAAAUAUAUGGUCAUGCAGCGAUGCUUUUGACAGGGCUGAUUGGCUGCGCCAUCUUCCAAAUUCCCCUCGCUCUAGCACAAAACAUUGAAACUGUGAUAAUUUCACGAUUCCUCAUGGGUGCCAUUGGAAGUGCAGUGCUGGCGGUCGGUUCGGGAAUGCUAGCAGAAGUAUGGGGGCCUUCCACUCGCGCUGUCGCUAUUGGGCUUUCUGCCACAUCGAUGAACAUGGGAAGCAUUGUUGGCCCGAUCGCGGGGAGCUUCGCUCUUUCACGGUAUGGAUGGAGAUGGAUUGGUUGGAUGACUCUACUGGUCUGUGUUGGAAUUGGUGCCACAGCCCCUUUCGCGCUUCGCGAAUCCUCCCGGCAAAUCAUCCUUGACAGAAAGGCCUCCCAGACUCGCAAAAAGAUGAACGAUUCAAGAUAUCAAACUUUGAGCGAGAGGGAAGGAGGUAUGGAUUUCAGUCUACUAGCUCAACGGUAUCUUAAACUGCCUUUACAAAUGAUCACACGAGAGCCCAUCUUGAUAAUCAUUACAAUCUAUCUUACCCUUGUCUAUGGAACCCUCUACCUUUCAUACCAAAUGUUUCCCUUCGCUUUUCAGCAUCGUGGUUGGUCAGCCCCUAUGAGCAGUCUACCUUUCAUAAGUGUUCUCCUCGGUGUUCUCUCUGCUUGGCUUGUUUCCUCGUGGUAUACCAUCGCGUUUUAUCGGCCCAAGCAUGAGCGGACCGGGCUCUCAAUCCCUGAAGAUCGUCUACCACCAAUGAUUUUGGGUGGUUUCAUUCUUCCACCUGCUCUGCUCUGGUUUGGCUGGUCAAUGCGGACAAAUUGGUUCUGCCAGGUCAUGUCUUGUUUCUUUGUGGGGUUUUCACUUCAGCUGAUCUUCAUCACUGGCGUGGUUUACAUAAUCGAUGUUUAUUUAACCAACGCCAACUCAGCUAUCUCCAUCCAUGUUGGUGUUCGAAGUUUGGUGUCAGCAAGCUUCCCUCUUUGGGGCCCGCUACUGUACAGAAGGCUCGGUAUCGAAUGGACAUCCACUUUACUCGCAUGCUUAGGCCUGUUACUUCUUCCUUCCCCUCUGGUAUUUUACUACUGGGGGCGGAACAUUCGAUCAUGGAGCCGGUUGAUCAAAAGUAACUCCGGCCUGGAGAUCUCCGAGAGUGGUCUAUAG